AUGGACGUUGUACGCCCCACCUCGCCCAGACGCGUCAAGGUGUACACUUUGGAGGACGACAAAUGGAUGGAUCGGGGAACAGGCUACUGUUCAGGAAUGUUGGAGGGAGGCCCCCAUUUCCUUGUUCGAAAUGAGAACGAUACCUCAGAGACUCUUUUGAAAGCCACCAUAGAAGGAACUACCCAGUACCAAAGACAACAGGAUACUUUGAUUGUCUGGACAGAUAGCGAGGGAAACGAUUACGCUCUGUCGUUCCAGGAACCUGAUGGAUGUUUAUCACUGUGCGAAUUUCUGAUCAACAUCCAGCAUUCUGUCGAGCCCAAUAUUUCUCUUGUGGCCGUGAUUUCGAACGGCCAGGACGGAGAGGUUACCGAGGUUAUUGCUGGUCCAAUUCCAGAACCGUGUUUCCCUACAGACUCCAACCUUGGUGAUCUGCUUGAACUUUUGAACCAGGGAGCCAAAUCCAACAAGUUCAAGGAAAAACUGCUCGAGUUCAUUGAGAACGAGGGAUUCCUCACACAGCUAAUUGAAACUUUCCACAGAAACGAGGAAAACCGACAUCUGGUCAACCUUUACUAUUUAUGUGACAUUGUGAAGACACUCGUGUUCUACAACGACUCGGCCAUUCUCGACACCUUGGUCAACGACGACACAAUUGAUGGUGUUGCUGGGAUCCUGGAGUACGACUCAGAGUUCCCCAGCUAUAAAACAAACAACAGAGAGUAUCUGGCGGAGAAGACCAGUUUCAAAGAGGUUGUUCCUCUGCACAACGAAAAUAUCAAGAGUUUGGUGAAACGAACGUUCCGACUGCAAUUUCUCAAGGACGUGGUACUUGCCAGGCUUUUGGACGACGCGUCCUUCAAUUGCAUAUCGACGAUGAUCCAUCUGAACGAGGACCAGAUCCUCAAAUUCAUCCGGACUGACCCCGAGUUUUUACCGUCUCUUUUUGGCCUCUACGACAAACACGACGACGCCAAAUCUCGCGACGGAAUCAAGCUCAUCAACCAGUUCACCCUCAUAGCCAAGAAGUUCCAGCCGACGCCGAGAUCGGAUUUCUACCGCUCGUUGAUCGAAAACGGGCUGGUCAAGAUGAUCCAGUUCGCAUUCAAAGACUCGCACACAGAAAGCCGAAUACUGGCAACCGAGCUGAUCGUGACCAUCAUAGAGCACGACGUGCUGCUGUUCAACAAAAAGAACAGCGAGAUGGACACCACACUGAUGUCGAUACUGGUGGACGUGCUGCUCGAGGAGCCUAACUACGGCCUGAAAACACAGGCUUUUGAAGCCAUCAAGGCCCUGCUGGACCCGGCCAAUCUGGCUCAGUCGUCGAUGCCGAUCGACUCGUCUCCGAGCAACGGCGACACAAACAUAGAGGGAAGCAUGCUGGAGUCCAAAUAUUUGCAGAGUUUCUACCAGAACGCCGCAGAGAACCUGUUUGGACCGCUGGAACGCGUAAUCACAGACCCUGCCUGCAAAAACACCACCGUCACAUACUCGAACCUGUGCGAACUUCUCAACUUUGUGGCCCGCGAGCACGACAGAAACACAAGCAAGGAGUUCAUUCUGAAUCACCGGUAUCUCCAAGGAAUUGGCGAGAUUCAAUCGAAACGGUAUUCUUUACAGCUGCGACUUAGUGCUCUGCGGUGUCUCAAGUCGAUCAUCAUGCUGGACGACGAGGAUUAUACACAACAUCUAAUCAGGAACGACAUAUUGCGUGGCACGAUGGAGAUGUUGCGCGAGGUUAAUAACCAGAACAACCUGGCCAACUCGGCGUGCUUAAGCGUUUUGCACCUGAUUUUGCAGAACCGGGAGCUGCUCAAUUUCAAAGCUUUACAGAAAUACUUGGUUGCCAACUAUUCGCACAUUUUGAGACUAAACUACAUUGGACGCGAGCUGGUGACUGCGGAAGACCAGUUUGUGGAAGAACAGGACGCGUUACAGGGCGAAACGACCGAGGUGAGUGCCACGUCGCCGGACAUCCCCGACACUGCUGAGCAGGAGAACCCGCCCGUGAAGACGAAGAACUCGCGGCCGUCCGAGGACGAGACCGUCUCGCCCGCCAAGGAGCGCAAGCUGAACAGUUUCAUCAUGAAGGCGGGCAAAGUGUUCCAGAUCAGCAAUUACAGCGAAGAGGAGGAGGUCGGAGAGACGUGA